AUGGAUGAGGCUAAACAUACCAAUGCUGAAGCUUAUAAAUUAUUAUUGGACAAUGGUGGAAAGGCAAGAGCUAAAGGAGAUAUUGAUACAGUUUCUCUUCUUGAUUACCAUGCUAUGAAAGGAAAUUUCGAAAUUGUAAAGAUUCUUGUUGAUUAUGGUGCUAGAAUCACAAAAAACACAUUCUAUGAUUGUAAAGAUGAUAGAUCUCUUUACUACUUGAUUGAUCAUGCAGGUGAUUUCUUACUAGAAGACAGUCUAGAAAUAUUAAUUAAUCAAGAUACACGUCCAUCCGGCUUCAUUUAUUAUUUUAGAAAUCAUUCAAUCAAAGACUAUUUUCCAAGUUAUCUUCUUAAAUGCUUGUCAAGAGCUUUCCAAGUCAAAAAUGAAAGUGUUUGUAUUUUCAUUUUGAAAAAUAUAGAGAUUUCAGACAAAAUAAAUCUCAAAGAUUUUCCAGAAGAUACAGAACAUUGGCUAAUUAAUGCUGUAGACAUGAACAUACCAGAAUGCCUUAGAUUGCUUUUAGAAAUCAUGGAGAAGAGUCAUUUGAUUGAAGGAUACUUCAAACCAAAGCCCAAAAGUAGAGUUUGUUUUUAUCGUGCAAUUGAAUUGCCUGAUUAUUAUCUUCAUGCUGCUAAACUGAAUAACAUAGAAAUCAUUAAAAUCCUUAUUGAAUACAAAGUUCCAAUUAAUCAUGAAUUUGACGAUUAUUACAACAAUGCUUUGUUUUGGUCAGCCAUUCAUUGUAAUUCAGAAAUCAUUCAUAUAUUACUUGAAUAUGGAUAUGAAAAGCUUGAUCUUCGAGAAGAAGAUAUCACAACAUUUCAUAUCCACCCUGAUUUUGUUAAGUUAAUUAGUAAAUAA